AUGGCAGAAGCAAUGCGUAAUCAUAGAAGAAGACGUCACCGUCAAGUGAUUCUAAAUAAAGUGGAAGAUGAGAUAGAGAAGUUAAAAAAUGAGAAUCACCAGACAGAAGACAUAGCGUUAUGGAAAAGUAAGGCUGGGACCUACAAAUCAGCUUUCUCAUCAAGGAACACAUGGAUAGAGAUAAGAAAAGAAUAUAUGACCCAGGGCUGGAGCAAAGUAGUAUGGUUCAAACAUGCUACUCCAAAAUAUUCUUUCCAUAUGUGGACAGCAAUGAGAAACAGGCUAUCAACAUGUGACAGAAUCAGGAAGUGGAGCCCAUCCAUUAACCACAUAUGUGUUCUUUGCCAGCAACAUGAGGAGACAAGGAGUCAUUUGUUUUUCUCGUGUUCAUAUUCAAGUAGGAUCUGGCAGAGUUUGGUGAGAGGUCUGCUUCGAUAUAGAUACACAGAAGAUUGGGAGGAGAUUGUAGCGCUGCUAUUGGAGAACAAUUUGGACAGUGUUAAGUUGUUCUUGCUGAGAUACGCUUUUCAAGCAUCUGCUCAUUCUAUUUGGAGGGAAAGAAACAGACGCAGACAUGGAGAAAAGGAGCUACCGAAUACGCUUCUGAUCAAAACCAUUGACAAAAAUGUCAGGAACAGAUUAUCUACCAUUAAGAGGCUAGGAGAUCAUAAAAUGGAUGCAGGGCUGAGCGUAUGGUUUGGAUCAAGAGAAUGA